AUGACGGCAGCGGACAAGCACACGCAGCUCACUUUACAAAAUAUUGUAUUGCGGCGCUGCAUUUCAUCCGACCAGGAACAACUCCUGCGUUUUCACGCCCAACAGUCACCCAGUAGUCUCCUCGGCUCUGCUAGGUCAUCUUUGCAUGCUGGGUCAACCCUUCUUGCUUCGCCCUGUCAAUCUCCGUACUGCAUUCUCGUGAAGUUCUGUGACAGAGGCGGUUCAAGACGUCAACGCGUUGUGCUUGCAGGGCUUCACGAGACUCUUCCGAUACACCGUACUGGAAGUUCAGCACCUGAUACGAGGUUCUCUCGUGCCGCAUCUCGCUGGUCUGGAACUAUUCUUCCGGUGGGGUCACCUGCACUGUGUAGUUCGACUGCUGACCAAGUAUACGACCUCUCUUGUGGAGCCACUGUUGCUAAAUGUACACUUGUCCGUCCCAGCCUGUCAAGAGCGAGCGGUUCACUUUCAGAUCGUCGAGCAUCUAGCGCGGAGUGGCCCAUUUCCUGUCGAAGGCCAUCUAGUAGCACACCCCGAAGGCGACCUUCUCGUGACCGCGAGGACGCCGAUGCCCCUCGAGAGAAGCGGUCACUAUCCGGGGUACCGCAAACGCGCUCCCGCUCUUCGUGCUCUCUCUCACCACGGGGUGUUCGCAUGGAGGGAUACUCGGCGACCCGGGACUCAGUAGUCCUUGCGUCUGCUGUGCCGUAUGGCUCUGACCCUUGUGCUCCUAUCAGUGGUGCUCCGGAGAUGCUGGUCAUGCCUCCAGUCAUGGUAACGCCGUCGCAAGGUGUAGAGACGGACGUUUUGUCGUCGAGGGGGCACUCACCGAGGCAAGAUUUGACUCAUCAGACGGACUACGUGUGGUCCUGGGAGCGGCAGCAGCCGCCACCAGAACCUGUAGAGGAGCCGAUUCUGCGCAGGGAUAUCUCGCCCGGUGCUGCAACACUACUUUCCCUCGCGCACCCCUGUGUAAGCCCUGCGCCAGCGGCGGGGGCACCAGGAACGGCAGCGCCUGCUGCACUGGGGUCGGGCCGCUCUGGAACUGGACAAGGGAGCGUGCUGACGAAUAUACGGGCCAUGUGUGAGUCUAUUGAGCUAGCUCGCGCACUCGCAAGCUUUUACUAUGGUUCGGAUAAGCCACUGGUAAAAUCUUCCUUUCACCGGCAUCCGGAGGUUGCCAGUGUACUAGAAGAUCUUCGAAAGAUGAAGACAGUGCUCGUUGAUUCGGUUGAAAGACUUCAAGUACAGGAGUUGGAGGAAGCCUUGCAGGUCGCGUGCAUGCGAAGCCUGGAGGAGGAGGCAAAUGCGGGAGGGGAAGCUGAGGCUGCAGAGCUUGCAUUGCGCCAGCAGUUAGCUGCCAACAAAGAAAGCGAGGGCAGCUCUUCGGCCUUGGCAGGCGCUGGUGCCUUUGUGGCAGAGACUGCUGCAAAGGUGGGCGAUUGCAUCCGUCAGGCAGCAUCGGACCUUCUGGGUGUGGACAAGAGAUCCAAGGGACAAAAGCUCUUGUCAAGCGGAAGCGAAAAGGAUUCACUGGCAUCGGCACGAAGCAAGAACCAUAGUGGCCUCUCCGGGGAGCGUUUGACCAGCAGGCUCAGCUCCAGUUCGUCCACCACCACCGAUUCUUCACUGGGAAGUACGAAAGGUCGGCUUACCACGCCAUUCAAGUCACUAUCAAGAUGCUUCGGUUCCAGUGCGGCUGCACGCACAGAGGAAACUGUUGGCGUGUUAGAGGCAAUAGAUGAGCGCAGUGAAAACGGCACAGGACUGCCUAGUCAGAACGCUGGCAGCCGGAUAGGCUCCGUUCACCUACGGACGUCCACGGCCAAUCGCAACGGCCGGCGGGGGUUGGGAAGGCAACAGCAGUUUCGUACGACCCCGAGACGUCUCGGCCGACGGGUACACACGUUGGAAGGGGGCAAGGCCGGGAUUGCCGAAACUGAUCCUGAGUCCGCAUCAUUCACUGCCCUGACUCCGGAUCAGUCGAUACCAGAGGCCAUUCCAGAGCUUGCCAACACAAGCUCAUUAUUGGGGAGAAUUCGGCGAGGUAGAUCCAUGCCGGAAACAGUGUCGCGGACAUUGGCGAGCGGGAAAGAAGGUUCUGUCCCAUCUCCGAUAUUUGUUGCGCCGGCAGUCUACGAAGCCAGUCAACCGUCAACCCACAAACCCCCGCGCUGGCGAAGAUGGGGGAGGCGUUGGUCUCAUUCGGGUGCUCGAACGGAAGGUAUUGCUGGAGCGGCGAAGGCGUUUCAAGACUUCCGAACCUUGGAGGCUGCAAGACAGUUAGGAACUGAGCUAGCUGUGACUGCUGCGGGAGAAGCAACUGCUGCAGUCUCUCGUGCGACACAAGACACUGACAGUCAGGCACACGGCUGGUCUUUCCGGUGGGGUAGCCGCCGCAGGAGUUCCUAUCGCCCAAGCUCGACGCCAGCUAGGGGUGGUGGAGUCAUCACAACAGCGCCUUCCUCGGGGAGCGAAUCAGGUCAAUAUGUCUCCACCGCGACAGGUCAGUGGCUUUCUCAGCCUUCUGCGGUACUAAUUGAUGACGAAUCUGGAAUCGGUGAACAUGUAGCAAGGCGCAUGUCGAGUGGAUCGUGGGUCCAUCCGGUUGCUCCUACGACUGCCCGAAACAUCUCUCGUCGGCAGUCUCCCGCGUCGAGGAGGGCGCCAUCAGGACAAAUGGAACUGGUCUUGCUUCACCAGAUUCCAGAUCGCCCUCCUUUAGCAUCGAGUGCGCAGCGGUGCACUGCUCCUGCAAAAGGAACGACAGGAAGUCGGCCCAGCACCUCUGGCGGUGGCCAGCAAACUGCGAGGCGUCGUCGAAACAGAUGGCUUCCUUUCAGACUUCGCAAAGGACAUAGGAGGUCUAGAGCUGUGGGUGACAGCGCAGCAGCUGUCCCGGAUGGCGGGCAGGAAACGCGAGGGUUCAAAGAUCAAAUGGAGCCGUGUACCACCGAGAGCACGCAGAAUGCAACGAGAACCACCUUCCAACGUGCCGGUGCAGGGAAAGGGAGGAAUGACGAGGCAAUCCUGGCGGUGCCGAAAAAUCGCAAAGCCGAGAGCUGGUUCAGACACGCGUUGUCUGGGUCAUCGAAACGACGAGGUAAGUGUGCGCGAGAUCUACACGCCGAUCAUGAUAGAAAUAAUCAUGCCGAAUCGCGAGUAUCAUCUCUAACGAUGCCAGAAGAAACGAAUUCAGCGGUUCGUACAAGCAGCUUGCCGAGUCGUCGGAGUGUGACCAGCAGGAGCCAUGCGGCGGAAGAGGAGGAACGAGAACGUCUCAGCGACUUGUGUAGCGGGAGUGAGACGCCGACGCUAAUCAGUGCUGAUUCUGCCUCGUCGGCAAAUGGGCCGCUGCGCGAGAUGUGGUUGUCCCGAAAGCUUUCAAGAUUCCGUUCUAGGAAAGGAGGGAAGAUCCGUAGUCCCUCUCGAGGCGGCCGCCUGCCUCGUGCAAGUGAAACGUCGGAGGAUGCCAGAGGCACGGCAGACGACAGCACAAGAGAACCGGAUCUUCGGGCGAAUAGUCUUCUCACGGGUGAACUCAGUUUAGAUGUUGCUGAUGCUAAGGGCUCUCCACCCUUGGCUUCACAAUGUGUGGAAGACGGUGGAAAUAACGGCAGCGACGUAAUCGAUGUAGAAGUAGGAACUGAUGCCGAAACAGUUCAGGAUGAAUUGGUUUUGAGAAGGCUUGCUUAA